GCACAUUUUCUCACCAGCCAUUCUACGUCCGAAUGUCACGUCGUCACAAAUCUUUGCCAUUUUAUACAUUAAACACAAUUUUGUAAAUACCUACUUUUCAGAAAAUGGAACAGUUUUCUGUAUUUGGGAAAGUGGCAGUUUUUCUUAGUAUUUUUGUUGUAAUGUCGAUGGCUAACACAAUCCGAUCCGACCCGAAUCGGAAUGAUACAGAGACAACCACCACUACCACAAAUAAUACGGAUAUUUUGUCACCAUUCCGUCCAAUGGGGACAAGACCGACACCAAUUGAACUUGGGGGCACGACCACGACGGCUACCACGACCACCACCGAAAAACUGGACGCCACGAUUGACCGGGUCAACAACGGGGUCAGCACAAUCCUCGAGGGCGUAAUGUCACUCGACCUCGCAAAGAUUCUGAGAGGCGCGUUCAUCUUCCCGAAAAGCAAUAAGGUCAAAAGUGUCGCGAAUAAUGUGAUCGACACGAUUUUUGGGCCGGAAGUGUCCACUAAUAAUUCUGUUAUUUUACCAUAAUAGAAAUCUCGAUGAUAUGUGCACAUACAUAUCUAAAUUUAUAAAAUUUCAUGGAAACUUGAAAAUUUUACAAACUUAAAACUUUACAACUAUGAAAAAUAUUUUGUUUCUUUGCUAAAAGUUCGGAUUAAAAUAUGUACCAAUAUAAUAUGUACGCUGUGACAAAUAGAAAUGAUUUUAUGUAUUUAUUACCUUGAAUUGGGUCAAAGUUUUAGCAAAGUCAAAAUUAAUUAUAAC